GGGGCCUGUGCAGCGCGAUGAGGCAGUUGUUGUUUCUCUCGAGUAGCUGGACGCGGAGUUUUCGCGGGUGGAGAGGCUUUUCCAGGGUUGGCUUUAGUGGGUGUGAGUGAAUGCGCCCCCUGGAAGAAUGAAUAACCCUAUACCUUCCAAUCUGAAGUCAGAAGCAAAAAAAGCAGCUAAGAUUUUAAGAGAAUUUACAGAAAUAACUUCCAGAAAUGGUCCUGACAAGCUCAUACCUGCCCAUGUGAUCGCCAAAGCAAAAGGCCUUGCAAUUUUGUCUGUUAUCAAGGCUGGAUUUUUGGUAACAGCUCGAGGAGGCAGUGGGAUUGUAGUAGCUCGCCUGCCUAAUGGAAUGUGGUCAGCUCCAUCGGCAAUAGGGAUAGCUGGUCUUGGUGGUGGAUUUGAAAUCGGAAUUGAGGUAUCAGACCUUGUCAUAAUACUGAACCAUGAAAAAGCAGUUGUUGCUUUUGCAAAAGGUGGCAAUCUUACUCUGGGAGGCAAUUUUACAGUGGCGAUUGGACCUUUAGGAAGAAAUCUGGAAGGUGACGUAGCCUUGAGAAGCUCUGCUGCUGUCUAUACCUACUGCAAAUCUCGAGGGUUGUUUGCAGGGGUUUCUUUGGAAGGAAGUUGUUUGAUUGAAAGAAAGGAAACAAACAGCAAAUUCUACGGCCAGGAUAUUCGUGCCAGUGCCAUCCUGUUUGGUGACAUGGUGCCUCCUGCCCAGGCGCAAGAACUUUAUGACAUCCUUGGAUCUUUUACUCUGCAGUACGAAUCUCAGGAGGGAAGAAACUGUGCAUGGCCUGGAGUCACAGGAGAACCAAAAAAGGUCAAUGAACAUUCCUCGAAGCAACAGUCCCGCAGGACUUCUGAAAAAUCCACGCCAGAAGCUCUAAGAACAGCAAACAGACUUUACCCUGAGCUCCCCAGUUACUCUGCUGCAAUGGGGAACUCCUGUCCUACAAUGGUGACUGCGAUAUAUCCAUUUGAAGGACAACAGCCAGGAGACUUGACAUUCAACGCUGGGGACAAAAUCAGGGUCACAAUGAAAACAGAUUCUCAGUUUGAUUGGUGGGAAGGAAGCCUACAGGGCAGGACUGGCAUUUUUCCAGCUAACUAUGUUACCAUGAACUGAAGCACAACGCAUUGCCUUAUCCUUUUGUCUUAAUGCCUUUUCACACUUAGAGAAGAGAUUGCUUAUUUUGUAUUUGGCUUGAACCAGUUGUGCUUGGCCAAAGGAGAGAAGUCCCGCUAGUCUCAAGAAAGCCGAGACCUGCCACCCUCACAAGUGUGCAAGCGCACAGACAACGGCAUUGUAGGAAACAGGAGCUUCAGUCGUGCCUCCCACAUGCCCCAUCGCGCUUUCCCUCUGUGAGUUGUGGGAAGGUUGGAUGGGCAUGUGGGAACUGCACAUGGACUCCUCGUUUCUUGCAGCAUCUGCACGUGCCAAAUGGUGCUCACAUUAGUACAAGGCAACAUGGUCAGGUUCAUGAGACAGGUUGGACUUCUCGACAGAUGAAGGCUCUGCCCAUAGUCUGCUUCUUGAAUAGACAACCUGGGGCCCAUGAGCACUUUUCUUGGUGCUUGUGAAGGUGCCUUAUCCCUCCGGCAUUUUAAUUAACGUAUUUUCUAACUAGCAGCUGGGAUUGCUGUGGAAACUGUGAGUUCAAAGGAGUUGCUUAGGGUGUUGGGACUUGGAAACCCCCUUCCCCCACUUCUGCCUUGUACUAAGUGUUUGGGGCAGAUGACUUGCUUACCCUUUGCAUUGCCUCUGCUGAUCACGAUUUUGAGAAACUCACAUGACAGCAAUUGCCAAAUAUGCCAUGGUCCUCACAGGGUUUCCUUCCUUUGGAUUAAGUUCUCUAUUGUUACAAUUUUUAAAAAAUUAAGAUAUGAUUUCCAAAAUUAUUUUAUUUUUUUCUAUAACUUAAUAAUUUAAUGAGCAAAUCACAAAAACUAAUCUGAAUGAGCUGCAUGAGUGAUGCUAAAUUUAAUAUAUUCUGUGUUUUGUAUAUAACAGUUUCCAUUAAUAAUGCAUAAUAAAUUCUUAAAUUAC